AUGUUCAGAGAUACCGCGCCGUCGGCGCUUCUUGCGACGAUACUCGCCGCUCCCCAGCUGGCAUCAGCCUUCUACCUUCCCGGUGUCGCACCGACUUCCUACAAACCUGGCGACUCGGUGCCCCUGUACGUCAACAGCAUCAAACCCGUCGCCGCCCUGCACGAUUAUCGGCUGCACUCGAUCGUCUCCUACGACUACUAUCACCCGGCCUUUCAGUUCUGCCAGCCCCCCGGUGGCCCCAAAUAUGUCUCGGAGAGCCUGGGGAGCAUCCUCUUCGGCGACCGGAUAAUGACGUCCCCCUUCGAGCUGCACAUGGGCAAGAACGAGACGUGCAAGACCCUCUGCAAAGCCUCGUACCCGGAAAAGGCACGCGCGUUCAUCAACGACAAGAUCGAGGAGGGUUACAGCUUGAACUGGCUCGUCGACGGCCUUCCUGCCGGACAGAAGCUCAUCGAUGACUUGACCGGCACCACCUUCUACAGCCCAGGCUUCAUGCUCGGCGGCUUCUACGGCGAAGAGUUCAACGAGGAGGAGAUCUUCUUCAACAACCACUACGAGAUCUGGAUCGAGUACCACGAGCUCAGCGGCAACCCGAACCAGCUCCGCGUCGUCGACGUCGUCGUCCAGCCGAGCUCCAAGGCGUACCCCAACGAGCCUGACUGUGCCGAAGGCCACCCGCCCAUCCUCUUCAAGGAAGGCGGCAGGGAUGAAGAGGUCCAGUUCACCUACAGCGUCUACUGGAAGAAGUCCAACACUGCUUGGGCCACCCGGUGGGACAAGUACCUCCACGUCUUCGAUCCCAAGAUCCACUGGUUCUGGCUCGUCGACACGGCCAUCAUCGUCGUCAUCCUCGUCCUCACCGUCAUGUCCGUGCUCGUCAGGACCUUGAAGAAGGAUAUCGCGCGAUACAACCGCCUGGACCAGAUCAGUCUGGAUGACCUCAACGGCACGUCGGCCAUCGAGGACGGCGUGCAGGAGGACUCGGGCUGGAAGCUCGUCCACGGCGACGUCUUCCGCAUGCCUUCUCAGCCCUUGCUGCUGUCGGUGCUGCUCGGCAACGGCGCCCAGCUCUUCGUCAUGACGGGCGCCACCAUCAUCUUUGCCCUCCUAGGCUUCCUCUCACCGUCCAACCGCGGCUCCCUCGGCACGCUCAUGAUCCUGCUCUACACCAUCUUCAGCUUCGUCGGAGGCUACGCCUCCGCCAGGGUCUACAAGUCUUUGCAGGGAGAGCAGUGGAAGACGAACAUCGCGCUCACGCCCAUCCUCGUCCCCGGCACCGUCUUUGCCGCCUUCCUCCUCCUCGAUCUCUUCCUCUGGGCCAAGGGCUCGUCGGGUGCCGUUCCCUUCACCACGAUGCUCGUCAUCAUCCUCAUCUGGUUCAUCAUCUCCAUCCCUCUCUCCAUCGCCGGCUCCUGGCUUGGCUUCCGCAGUCCCCUCAUCGAGGCUCCCGUGCGGACGAACCAGAUCCCCCGCCAGAUCCCCACCCCGACCGCCUAUCUGAAGCCGAUACCUUGCAUGCUGAUCGUCGGUCUCCUACCUUUCGGUGCCAUCUUCGUCGAGCUCUACUUCAUCAUGAGCUCCAUCUGGUUCAGCCGCAUCUACUACAUGUUCGGCUUUCUCUUCCUCUGCUACGGCCUCAUGAUCGUCGUCUGCGCCGCCGUCACCAUCCUGAUGACCUACUUCUUGCUCUGCGCCGAAAACUACAACUGGCAGUGGAGAUCCUUCCUCGCCGCCGGCGCGAGCGGUGGCUACAUCUUCCUGAACUGCCUUCUCUACCUCAUCACCAAGGUCAAGCUCAGCGGCUUCGCCGGCAUUGUGCUGUACCUAGGCUACAGCGCCCUCAUAUCCUCCCUGUUCUUCAUCCUUGCCGGUUCCAUUGGGUACUUUGCCAGUUGGUGGUUUGUCCGAAGGAUUUACGCGUCCCUCAAGAUCGAUUAA